AAUGUUUUCUAUAGAUUUCUUGCUAUAGUCAUUUCCUCAACUUACACUUGGCCUUACGCUUCUCUUCUAACAAAUAUGAACUCCGUACCAAGGCCUGCUCAAAAAGUUAAAAAAUGUGGGACAACUCAUGGGUGUUGAUUUCCUUCUUAUUGACAAAAAGGCUUUUUUACCUCACCUACCUUCCUAAAUUCGAACAUGCUCUGCGUGAUGGAGCUAUGUAUAUAAUAUCUGCCUUUGACGUCACUAGAAGCAACACCCAUUUCAAAUUGUCGGAUUUCCACUUUUCUAUACGGUUUACAACAGCCACUUUUUUUGAAGAGGUAGAAGAGUAUUUUUGUGUUAUUCCAAAAGAGUUUUUCCGCUUAAGGACUCAUGAAGAGUUAGUGUCGCUGGCGAACACCAAUACGGAGCUCCCAGUUUCCACCAAAACUAAUGGGAUGUCACAAACUUUGGAGAAGAUCUUAGUCCAUCUGUGUCUUGAAAGUGGUCAGAAUGUCCGUCUAAGUGCAUCUGACGACCAUGCAACCUCAUUGGAGAAGGUCUUUAGCAAGAAUGAUGAGGGGACUUAUAUACUCUUAGCGACCAAUAUAAACCCAAAGAUCUUUGCAGGUGUACUUUAUCUUAAUGCUAUGUCUGGGACCAAGUUUUAUUCUGAUGGAGACUUGACAACAACACAAGAGUUCGCUGAAAGGUUGAAGGGGAGAGCCAUUUACACAACCAUCACCAAACACAAACAAGGUCAAAGAUGCAGACACUGUUAGAACACGAAACAGAUACUCAACUAUGAGUUCCACAUUUAGUUCCCCACAGAACAUCAAUGUUUGUAAAUAAAAUCGGCCCCAACAAAAGCUCCCCAAAACUAUUUAAAAAG